CUGUCAUCAAGUUAUCUAACCUAAAAAAAAUUUAAAAGUUUUCAUGGAACGGGUGAGAGAACGGCUAAAAAUGCCUACAAACGCCGAAAGUACAACUUCAAAAAAGUCCAUCGUAGAUGUAAUUACUCCUCACAGGCUAACGGUUGCAAUUUUGAUUCGUGACUAUUGCUUAUUUCGGGAUUCAGACCGGUUUAUUUGUGAAGACGACGGGGUCCUUAAAGCCAGAUACCGGCGAGACUUUUGUGUCUUGAUUCUAAAGUUGCUGCAAAGUCCUGAUCUCAGUUUAGAGGAGCUACGAAAUAUUUUAGUUUCAACUAAAUAUGAAGUGCACCAGAGCGUAAUUGACGCAUUUGAUGAAACACUUUCCAAUUUAUACUCCAACGGAACGGGGAAUAUGCUAGAUAUUAUUGAUAGUUUUAACAGGAUCAUGACUUUCAAUGAAAAUAUCGCAGCAGGAAUAGAACAGAACUGUUUUGUGAGCAAGAGUAGCAUUGUUGGUUAUUAUUUGAGAAGAUUGAUUGUUAAUUUUGAUAAACUCACUUUUUCUGAAGUUACAAGUGUUUAUUUAACUUUUAAAAGGUAUUAUGAAGAGUGGCAAAAAAGCUUAACCACUCGUGAUCAAAUAACAAUAGAAGUUAAUAAAGUCAUUUGUCCUGAUGAUUGGAGUGCUAACAGAGAUCAGUGGUCUAGACGUCAAGCUGAAUUAUUUAUUGCGACUCAAGCGGCUCUUUUAACUAACAAUGAAGAAAAAGCAUUACCACCGCAAGAACUUCACAAUAGAAUCUCAAAUUUGCUCAAAUCGAAUCCGUCACUGGCAGAAGCUCACUUUUUAUCGUACUUAAAUUAUUUGAGAGUGAAGGAAUUUUGUGGUGCUAUUGAUAGUCUUUAUCACUGUUUUGACAGAAGCACUUUAACAGACAGCAAAAUCUCAUCUGAGGACAAAAGCAAAGUUUAUAGAUUUGCUGCACUCAACCUGGCCAUUUUGCACUACCAUUUUGGCCACAAGGAAGAAGCUCUCGCAUCUCUUAGAGAGGCAAUAAAAAGCUCUCAAGCCGCAAAUGACAACGUUUGUCUUCAACACGCUCUUUGUUGGCUGUACCGCCUCACCCCUGUCAACAAAGAAAAACUACUUGAACACUCUGUAGCUAAAAGUUUCGAAUUAAGUCUCUCCUACACGGCUUCGCUCGGUAUCCAGACUUUUGUUCAAUAUGCGUGUCUCAUCUCGGGCCAUCCGCACCAAAUUUUCGAGACGUUAACAAAAGGUGAUUUGAUUAACUGUCAAAAUAUUUUGCAAGAUCUUAUUUCGAACAGUUAUGCCGUUAAAUCGGCCCUUUGGCAGUUUUACGGCAAGACCGAAAUGUCGUCUCUUUGGAGCCAGUUGCUUUUUUAUCUCAAUAUUGACAAUAGCAACGAUAGCAAAGCAGUCUAUGGUGAAGGUUUCUGUAUGGCGAUUUGUAACGUUGCCAAUCAUCUUCUCAUGCAAGGAAAUUAUAACUUAGUCAACACUGUUUUAAACUUUGCGAAAGAAAAAUUUCCAAAUGAGCCCAAUUCGCACAUUUGGAUGUUGUGCGAGAAUUUAUUUAUUUUCGUGCUAGCAUUACAUCAUGAGAACUGGAGCGAAGCUGAAACUGCAGCUCAGAAAAUUUUAGUCGUCGAUAAGUGGGAGGGUUACUUGAGACUCGCGGAAUUGUAUUACUACAAGCAGGAUUACAGCGAAGCACACAGAUUUGUUGAUAUUUUGAUAAAUCGCUUUCAGAGUGAUAACAAAUACAAACUUAAAAUUUUCUACUAUGUUCGAGCCAAGAUUUUACUAGCGGAAAUUGAAUUUUCGAGUUGUUAUCCGGAUAAAGUUUCUCCCGAAAUUAUGACACUUCUUAGCAACUGUCUUAUAGACACUGAUAAGCACAAUUUGGAUUACCAUUCUGCUUUGAUUCACUUGCACAUAGCCAAUAUUCAAUUAAGUUUAGGCAUGACAAGUCAGGCGUUAAAAAUUUUGGAUAGAUGUCUCGUUCAGAUUUUGGCACAUGGGGGCAAUUUUGAUAGAGCUAGAGCUGUUUUAUUGUAUGUCAAAUGCAUGGUAGCGCAUUCUGGGCAACUUGAAUCCAGUGAGAGGAGAGAGAUUAUUUUAAAGGCUGCUCAAAUGUUAGAGAAAGUGAAAGAAGAUUUUAGGGCCGUGGAGGCUUAUUCGAGGGUCAAAGAUGUAUUAUAUUUGCAGGCGCAACUUUACAACAGCAUAGAUUUGAGGAGUGAGAGAAACAGAUGCGCGUUGGAAUUUCGGCAACUGGAUGAAGAAAGGACUACGAAAAAUUAUUAUACCCUAGUUAGGUUUUUGUAAUUUGUGAAAUAAAUGCAGUUGAAACCAUUAA